AAUAUUUCAAAGGCCGUAGGGCGUAGGCCUGGCUCUCCUCUGCCCCCCUACCCUCCACCACUUCCCCCUACAAGCCAGCCAUCCAGCCCAGCCAUUCAUGUCCAUCACCACCAUGUGUCGCCAGGCCACCUCCACCUCCGCCUCCACUCUCCACCCACUCCUCUCCCCGCACCAUUAAACCCGCUCGCUCGUUACCAAGCUCCAUCCAUCGGCACACUCGACGCCCACCCAGCUUUGAAGCUUUGGGGGGUUUGCUCCGUGGAUCGGCGCUGCUAGCUGCGGCCGGCCAGGCGGCGGCCAUGACGGGCAUCGACCUCAACACCGUCGGGGAGGAGGACGAGGAGGAGGAGGCGCCAGUGUUAAGGGCGAGGGGCGCGGUGUGCCUGGAGCUGUGGCACGCGUGCGCGGGGCCCGUCGCGCCCUUGCCGCGAAAGGGCAGCGCCGUCGUGUACCUGCCGCAGGGCCACCUCGAGCACAUCGGCGGCGACGCGGCGGGAGCCGCGGCGAUGCCGCCUCACGUGUUCUGCCGCGUCCUCGACGUCAAUCUCCACGCGGAUGCCGCGACGGACGAGGUGUACGCGCGGGUCACGCUGGUGUCCGAUGACGAGGAGGCGCAGAGGCUGGCUCGGGAAAGGGAGGACGAGGAUGCAGCUCGCGACGGCGACGGCGCGGACGGGGAUGCCGUGAGGCGGAUCGCGCCGACACCGCACAUGUUCUGCAAGACGCUCACGGCUUCCGACACCAGCACGCACGGCGGCUUCUCCGUGCCGCGCCGCGCUGCUGAGGACUGCUUCCCGCCGCUGAACUACAGCCUGCAGAGGCCUUCUCAGGAGCUCGUGGCCAAGGAUUUGCACGGCACCGAGUGGAAGUUCCGACAUAUCUAUCGAGGCCAGCCACGAAGACACCUCUUAACCACUGGAUGGAGUGCGUUUGUCAAUAAGAAGAAGCUGGUCUCUGGGGAUGCAGUUCUGUUCCUUCGAGGUGAAGAUGGAGUGCUUCGAUUGGGAAUGCGCCGAGCAGCUCAGCUAAAAAAUGUAAUCCCUAUCCCUGCACUUCAUAACCAGUGCUCAAAUCAUAGGAAUCUGGGAAAUGUCGCACAAGCUGUGGCCAUGAAGUCUGUUUUUCAUAUCUACUACAAUCCCAGGUUAAGUCAAUCUGAAUUCAUUAUACCCUAUUGGAAGUUCAUGAGAAGCUUUAACCAACCAUUUUCGGUUGGAAUGGGAUUCAGAAUGAGAUAUGAAAGUGAAGAUGCUUCUGAAAGAAGGUGCACUGGGAUAAUAAUUGGAAGCAGAGAGGCAGACCCCAUGUGGCAUGGUUCAAAAUGGAAAUGUUUGGUGGUCAGAUGGGAUGAUGAUAUAGAGUGCCGUCGGCCUAAUAAGGUAUCACCUUGGGAGAUUGAGCUCACAGGACCAGUUUCAGGAUCUCAUAUUUGUGCUCCCAAUUCGAAACGUCUGAAACCCCUCCCCCAAGUUAAUCCAGAGAUUUCGCUUCCAAAUGGAAGUGUCACUUCAGAUUUUGCGGGAUCUGCCAGAUUCCACAAGGUCUUGCAAGGUCAAGAAUUGUUGGGUUUCAAAACCCACGGUGGUGCUGCUAUUUCAGCUUUGCAGGCAACCGAAGCAAGAAAUUUUCAGUACAGUGAUCAACGUAGUAGCUCUGUCAACAUGAGCAACAAUAUCUUAGGGGUUCCAAGACUUGGUGUUAGAUCUCCAACCGGAAUCCCUGGGUUUUCCUACCAUUGCUCAGGCUUUGGGGAAUCUCAAAGAUUCCAAAAGGUCUUGCAAGGUCAAGAAGUGUUUCGUCCUUUCCGAGGAGGAGGUUUGGUUGACGCUCAUAUAAGAUCUGCUGGCAUGUAUCAACCUGACGGUACCCAUGCAUCUGGUGCAGCUUAUAAAUGGCUUGCACCACAAGGAUGUGAUUUUCGACAGCCAACAAAACCAGUUCUUCUGUUGCAAGCAUCCUCCCCAUCAUCUGUGCUGAUGUUUCCACAAACUAGUUUAAAGAUGCCUCACUUUGAAUAUGAGUACAGCUGCCUGGAUAAGGCUGAGGAUGGUAGACGUGUUAGGGUUAGCCCUACACAAGAUAUGGGAAGAACCAAUCAAGCGUUAUCUCUUUGGCCUCAUCUUGUUUCAGGCAAAGUGAUAGAUGAAUGUACUGGAACUGAGAAGUUGCACUCCCCUGUCAGUGACGCAGAGCAUGAAUCAAACAACGAGAGUGCCAUCGAAAAUGGCUGCAAAAUAUUUGGUAUCUCAUUGGCUGAAAAGGUCCGAUCAUGUGAUGAAGCAGACUCUAGCAACGUGAAUUAUAAUUCUCGGUUCCAGUCUUCAAAGCCACAAAUGCCGAAAUCACUAGGCAGCUGUUGGGCCACUGUUCACGAGUAAAGGCCUGUUGUUGGCGGGGUGGUUGAUGUUCAGCAGUGGAUAUGAUGAUCUGAUCCAUCUAGUGCAUCAUGGUAGAAGAUGCAGAAAGGAUUACGGAUUGCAACUAUCAUGGUCUGCAACGUCCUGGACGUCACUAAAGGGUGACCUGAUGAGUCAUGAAUCAGGGAUGCUUGACAAAGCUGUAAUGUACUUUUAAGCUUUGAAUAUCUUAUUAUAACCUCUAUCUUAAGCUACCUUUGUAAUCAGUACUUGUAUUGCAGCAACUACUUUUUUUCUCUUUAAGCUGUACGUUAUGUAAGCCUUUUUAGAGGGCAUGCUUGGACUAGCACCAAUUUCCAAGUACUUGAAUGGUUUCGUUA